GAGGGAGUUCACUAUAAAGACAAAAAGUAUGAGAGAGAGAGAACCCCAAGUGUGAAAAAGUAGCAUCCUCCAUAAACAACUUCACGAGCUCUCUCUCUCUCUCUCUCUCUACCCCUGCAUCAUCAUCAUCGUUGAAGUGUCCCAAAUCAAAACCCUAAAAAACCAGCAAUCCAUUGAUUGUUGGGAAGUAGGUAAGGAAAAGCUUCACGGGCUCUAGCUCUCACACCUUUCCGUCUCUAUCUUCUUCACCCAACUCUCCCAAUCUCUCUCCUUUCUGCGAUCGAUCUCGCGCCACGUUGAUUUCACAGCUAGGGUUUUUCUCGGUGGAAAUCGAGCCCCUUUUUUUAGUCUGAUAAUGUGAAUUCGACUUCGUUUGAAGAUAGAGUUCAGAAACAGAGAGAGAGAGACCAUGGAUCGAUCUGCUGUGACGGUUGGUCCUGGCAUGGACAUGCCGAUCAUGCACGAUAGCGAUCGGUACGAGCUCGUUCGAGACAUCGGUUCGGGUAAUUUUGGUGUGGCGAGGUUGAUGAGGGACAAGCAGACCGGUGAGCUCGUUGCUGUCAAGUAUAUCGAGAGAGGUGACAAGAUAGAUGAAAAUGUACAAAGGGAAAUUAUUAACCACAGAACGUUGAGGCAUCCCAACAUUGUAAGAUUCAAAGAGGUCAUAUUAACACCAACCCAUGUGGCUAUUGUCAUGGAAUACGCAUCUGGAGGAGAGCUCUUUGAGCGGAUAUGCAAUGCAGGACGGUUCAGUGAGGAUGAGGCACGUUUCUUCUUCCAACAACUUAUAUCAGGUGUCAGCUAUUGCCAUGCAAUGCAAGUAUGUCAUCGUGACUUGAAAUUGGAGAACACAUUACUGGAUGGAAGCCCAGCUCCCAGGCUGAAGAUUUGCGAUUUUGGGUAUUCCAAGUCUUCGGUGCUGCAUUCACAACCAAAAUCAACAGUUGGAACCCCUGCUUACAUUGCUCCUGAAGUUUUACUUAAGAAAGAAUAUGAUGGCAAGAUAGCAGAUGUGUGGUCUUGUGGUGUAACCUUAUAUGUCAUGCUGGUCGGUGCAUACCCAUUUGAGGAUCCUGAGGAGCCUAAGAAUUUUCGCAGGACAAUACAACGAAUUUUGAAUGUUCAAUACUCUAUUCCAGAUUAUGUUCAUAUAUCACCAGAGUGCCGCCAUCUGAUCUCAAGGAUAUUUGUAGGCGACCCUACAAAGAGGAUAACCAUUCCAGAGAUCCGGAACCAUGAGUGGUUUCUAAAGAACCUUCCGGCUGACCUCAUGGAUGAAGAAGCGAUGAACAACCAGUUUGAAGAGCCCGAACAACCCAUGCAAAGUGUUGAUGAAAUCAUGGGAAUAAUUGCCGAGGCUACCGUACCGGCUGCCGGAACCCAGAGUCUCAACCAGUAUCUGACUGGCAGCCUGGACAUUGAUGAUGACAUGGAGGAGGACUUGGAUACUGAUCCCGACCUUGACAUUGAUAGCAGUGGAGAAAUAAUAUAUGCAAUGUGAUUGGGGACAUGCCUGCCAUGGGAUAGACAUUUACAGAGACCAGCUCUGCUUUCUCAAUGACGACAAAAUUAUUUCCUGGGUCUAGAGUCAGUGGGUGUAAAACAGUUUGGUCAUUUCAGAGGACAACCUAUCCUUUGUGUUCUUUUCUUUAGCACCUUCUUCAAUGUUGUGCUUUUCUUGUUGCUGUAUCCUUUCCUUUGCCUUUUCCAACUGGCAUUUGUAAGUACCAUAAAACAGUUGUGUUAACCAUGUUACCCUAUGUUUGAUCUAAUUGUAUAACAGUAAUUGUAUGACUAACUGUUUGUUCGUUGGGUCA